AUGCGCUGGGCAGCACCCUGGGCUCAGACCCUGGCGUCAGCCAGCUCGUACACCCGCUGCACAGCCGCCAGGCGAGAAGCUCGUUGGAUCAUUCAGCAAAUAGUGAUGGGCCUCCCUCGGGGCCAGGGCCCGGUGUUCAUCGGGGAGUCACUGGCCACCAAACACCUGUGGGGGUCAGGCCUUCUCUGGGAUAUUGAGAAGGAAGCAGUCGGCCUCUGGAAGAGCCAGGCGGGCGCGCAGGAGGCGGGGCGCGUUGGGCCCGAGGUGGCGGCGCGGGAGCUGCGGCAGGCGCGGGGCGCCCUGGCGGUGGCCGAGGCCCGCGCGGGGCGCCUGCGCCAGGGCCAGGUCGAGGUUCGGCGACGCGCCGAGGAGGCCCGGGAGGCGGUGCUGCGCAGCCUGGGCCGCGUGCGCGAGCUCGAAGCCCCCAAGAGAAAGUGGCCUGGCCUAGGCUGGUGGGCAAGGCAACCAGAAGGGGAGCUCCAAAUGUUUGGGUCAGAGGGCACCCAGCUCCCAAUCUCCUCACAAGGCAGCCCAGAGCCAGAAGCCAAGAGUGGUGAACCUGAGGAAAGUGGGACCAGAAGCCCAGACACCUCUCCAGAGGGAGCCUGGCAGUCAGACAGCAGCUCCGGGAACAGACCCCUGGACGAAGGUUUGUCCCUGCACACAGUGCUCGCUGGGCUCAGCCAUGGGCAGUCAGAUGGGGAGCCAUGGGAGGGGUGUGAUGAACAGACAGCCAAGAAGCUUGUGACUUACUUCGGCCACUUUGGCAGUGCUGACCAUGCCUGUACCCUGGGGGAGCUGGAGGCUCGCAUCGCCGUGCUGGUGGAGCAGCUGGGGACCCAGGGCUGCAGUGAGAAGACCCUGGGGACACCUGGGGAGGAGGCAGAGCUGCAGCGGAAGGUGGAAGAGAACGAGCAGCUGAGGCUGGAGCUGCAGAUGGUGGAGACAGAGAGGGUGCGGCUGUCCCUGCUGGAGGAGAAGCUGGUAGACGUGGUGCAGCUCCUGCAAAGGCUCCGGGACCUGAACAUAUCGAAAAGAGCCCUGGGGAAGAUUUUGCUGAACACGCUGGAUGCUUGCAAGGACCCCACACAUGAGGGGAGAUCUGGACCCUCAGCCAUCCUGGACGCCCUGCACACGGCUUUGGCUGGCUGUGAGCUCUUGCGGAGAGAGCCCUCGGCACCAGCCUCCACGGCUCCUGCACUCGCCAACCCCCUCCUCAUCUCCUGCUGA